AUGGACUUUGCAGCCUUGAUGAGCAAGGAACUGUCCAAGAGCAAGAAGCCCGCGCCCGACGACAGCCGCAAGAAACAAUACCUAAAACGAUCCGAGAUCGAAUCCGAACGCCAAAAAGCCUAUCUGGCCGAGCAGGCCGCCCUAGAAAAGGAGCGCGAAGCCAAGGCCGCCGCGAAGCGCAAACUCGAGGACGACACAGCCGCAGAGCGCGAAGCGCGCGACGAGAAACGCCGUAAGCUGGCUGAAGAGUCGCGGCAGCGGCGCGAGGAGCGCGACUGGGAAGAGGAACAAGCCAGGCGCCGACGGCUCGGCCUGCCCGAGCAGGAGAAGCCAAGCGGGGACGCCGAAGGCGCCGGCGUGCCCGCGGACGACGUGCCGGACGAGGCGCUAUUUGCGAAGCUGCGCGAGCUCGGCCACCCGGCGGUGCUGUUUGGCGAGACGCACGCGGGACGGCUGCGGCGGUACAAGAAGGCCAGCACGGUGCUGACGGACGGGCCGAUCCCGACGACGCUGCGGCUGGUGGACGAAAAGGACAUGAAGGUGGAUGCGGUGCCAAAGGACGCCGAGGGGCGUGAGUGGCUGUACAGACAGCUCGCGAGCUACUUUACCAUGGUGCUCAGCACGUAUCAGCGCACGAUGGAGCAGGAGAGGCGCGAGACCAGCGCGAGCAAGAUUGCCUACAACGCGAUGCUACAAACCAUCGAAAACAUGAAGCCGUUGUUUCGAAAAUUUGAAACCGGCGACCUGGACGACUCGCUCCUGGAGCCCGUCGUCGAGAUCGUCAAGGCCCUGCAGGAGCGCCGCUACGUCGACGCCAACAACGGCUACCUGCGUCUGAGCAUCGGCAAGGCCGCCUGGCCGAUUGGCGUGACCAUGGUCGGUAUCCACGAGCGCAGCGCGCGCGAGAAGCUGCACAAUGGCGAAAAGGGCCACGUCAUGGGCGACGAGGUGACGCGCAAGUUUCUGCAGAGCAUUAAGCGCUGCCUGACGUUUGCGCAGGUGCGCUGGCCGCCAGAGGACUUGCGGCAGCUGAUGGGAUAG